GCGAGAGCUGGCGGAGCGCGGCGGCGGCGCCGGCCGGGGACGCGAUGCACUCGCUCUUCAGGAAGCGCAACAAAGGGAAGUACAGCCCCUCGGUGCAGAAAAAGAGCAUCUCCAGCAAAGAGCUGACCGAGCUCAUAGAGCGCCUGCAGAAAAAUGCUGACCAGGUGGAGAAAAACAUCGUGGAGACCGACUCCCGAAUGCAGAAUGACUUGCACAAGAUCAAGGCCUGCCAGCUAGCUCAGUACAAGGAGCUCACGGCUCAGAAGCUCACUGAGUCGGACAAGCUGCUCUACGUGCUGGACGGGGAUGCGGCCAUCGCCAGGCACAUGAAGCACCCCCAGGGGGACAUGAUCACAGAAGACAUCCGGCAGCUGAAGGAACGAGUGGCAAACUUACGCGUGAAGCACGACCAGAUCUACAACUUCUGCCUGCAGCACAUUGAGCCCCAGGUCAACUGGUCCACGGUGAUCGAGGAGAAACAGGACGCGCUAUGUGGCAAGGGCUUCGGGACUGACCUGCCGCUGGUCAACAGCCAGGUAGAAGAGCACAACAUCUUCCACAACGAGGUCAUGGCCAUCGGCCCGCACGUCACCAAGGAAGGCACCAAGGAAUACACGAGCGACCUCCAAGCCAAGUACCAGAAGCUGCUGGCCAGCUCGCAGCAGCGGCAGCAGGACCUGAACGCGCUGCAGGACUACAUGCAGCGCUGCACCAACAAGCUCUACUGGCUGGACCAGCAGGCGAAGGACCGGACGCACUACGACUGGAGCGACCACAACCUGGACUACCCAAGCCGGCGCCGCCAGUAUGAGAAUUUCAUCCACCGGAAGCUGGAGGAGAAGGAGGAGGCCAUCAAUAAGCUGCACGCGGACGGAGACCAGCUGCUGGCCCAGAACCACCCCGGGAAGAACGCCAUCGAGGCACACAUCGAGGCGGUCCAUGCCGACUGGAAGGAGUACCUCAACUUCCUGAUCUGUGAGGAGAGCCACCUGAAGUUCAUGGAGGACUUCCACAAGUUUCAGAAAGAUGCGAAGGACGCCCAGGAGCUCUUGAAGAAGGUAGAUACAGACCUGGACCAAAAAUACAGCCCCGAGUUCAAGGACAGAUACCAGCUCGAGUCGCUGCUCAGGGAGCUGGAUGACCAGGAGAAGGCCUUGGACAAGUACGAUGCCGUGGUGCGAUCACUGCAGGAGCGCAGCCAGCAUGUCCUACCCCUGCGGCACCGCCGGCAGCCGCCACCGCAGCCUGUCCCUGUGGAGGCUCUGUGCGAGUACGAGGGCGAGCAGGGCCAGAUAACCCGCGGAGCCCACUACACCCUGCAGAAGAACAGCGGGGACGUCUGGGAGGUGACAGACAGCACUGGAGAUGCCAUCAGCGCCCCGGGUGUCUGCUUCAUGAUCCCCCCUCCGGACGCGGAGGCGGUAGCGCUGGCAGACCAAAUUGCUGACAGCUACAUGAGCGUGAAGGAGAAGACCGCCAACUGCAAGAACAUCCUCCAGCAGCGCUACGAGGGGCUGAAGGCCGACAGCAUCGGAGAUGCUGCAUCAGUUCAGGGCCGCCAGCUCCUGGCAGGGCUGGAGAAAGUACACAGCGACCUGGACAAGCUGGAGAAAGCAAUCACGGCAAACCUCCGCCCGCCGCUGGAACAGAGUCGGGCUGUGCAGGACAGCACCGAGCGCUCCAAGGACCUGAAGAACAUUACCAAUGAGGUCCGUCGCAUUGAACCAGAGAAAAUGAGGAAGAUCCAGGAGUGCGAGGUCUUCAUUGAAUCAGUGCCGAACACUGGCAGCGCCACCUUGGUCAAGAACAAGGUGGAGAACACCACCAGGAAGUACGAGCGCGUGGUCCAGCUGCUCAGCGCCGCCCAGGAGAAAGUUGAGGUGGCCACACACCUCGAGAAGAGCCUCCAGCAAGGCCGAGACCUGCUGUCCACGUAUGAGAACAAGCUGGUGACAGAUGACACUGUGCCAGAGGAUUUGCGCGUGAUAGAUCGCAAGAAUGAAGAGCUGCUGGCCAUGGGCUCCGAGCUCCAAUCCAAAAGGUUUCUGCUCAAUGAAGCAGAGCAGAACUUGCUAAGGACAAAGACGUGCUCCAACACCCUGGCCAGCAAAUUCCAAGAGCACUGCCCUGACAUCGAGCGGCAGGAAGCAGAGCUCUACAAACUCAACCAGCGCUUCAACAACCUCAGCAAACAAAUUGACCACAGAACGCAGACCCUACAGAAAGCAAAGAGUGCCUAUUCCAACUACCGCACCAACUAUGACAAGAUCAACCAGUUCCUUUGCAACAUACCUAACUACGAGCCGCAGGAGACAGACAACAUCCAGCAAGUGGAAGUGAAGCUGAAGAACCAAGUGGCGCUCCUCGGUGACAUCGCAAGCAAGGAACAGGAGGUGCAGAAGGUCUCCGCCACAGCUCAGCAAUACCAGCAGGCAGUGAAGGACUACGAGCUGGAAGCGGAGAAGCUACGGUCCAUCCUCGACCUAGAGAACGGACGGAACGGGUACACAAGCAAGAAGCCCAGGCUCCAGUCUCCAGCCGCAAAAGUAAAAGAGGAGGAAGCUGUUCUGGCAGCCAAGUUCACCGAAGUAAAUGCUGUGAAUAAACAGAGGCUGCAGAACCUGGAAUUUGCUCAGAACCUCCUGCGGCAGCAACCAGACGUUCAAGUAACACAAGAAUUUGUCCAGACCAAGAAGUCUGGAAGGCCUAUGGAAGAAGUCUGGAAGUUGAAGAAAGAGCUGGAGGAUGAGACGCAGCGUCGGCAACAGCUGGAAGCCGAGAUCAAAGCCAUUCAGAACAACAUUGUCCACCUGCAAAACCAGAAGCCCCAAGAAACGAUAGUUAAGAAGGAACUGGUGAAGAAAGUGCCUGACCCCCAGCUGGAGGAGAGCUUCCACAAACUGCAGCAAAACCUAGCAGAAGAGCAGCGAAAGAACCAGGUGCUCCAGGAUGAGCUGGAGGCCCUUAAAAUCAGGCUGCGUGUUCUGGAGCAUGAGAAGAGAGAAGGAGGGCAGGAGUACAUAGUGAAAGAAGUGUUGCGUAUUGAACAAGACAAGGCUCAAGCUGAUGAAAUCCUGAGGCUCAAAGAAGAAUUGGAAGAGCUCAGGAGGCAGGAAGGAACCAGAGAGAAUGAGGUCAAUCUGCUACGCCAACAAAUUGCUGUGCUGUCCAGCGAGAAGAACAAAGAGCAGGAGAAAGUAACGGAGAAGGAGGUGCUGAAGCUGCAGAACGAUCCCCAGCUGGAGAUGGAAUUCCGCAUGUUGCAAGAGAACAAGCAGAGGGAGAGUGCCCUUAGGCAGAAGCACGAGGAAGAGCUCAGCUUCCUCCAGGAGAAGCUCAAACGUCUUGAGAAAGAACGGGCCAUUGCUGAGGGCAAAAUUACUGUCAAGGAGGUGCUGAAGGUGGAGAAAGACUUGACCAUUGAGAGAGAGGUGAACGAGCUCCGGCGCCAGUACGAAGAUGAGAAAUCCAAGGGUCGUUCCAACGAGCGGGAAAAAGCUGAGCUGCUCAGGAAGAUCCAACUGCUGGAGGAAGAGAAUGCCAAGGUGGUUGUACAGGAGAAAGUGCGUGAGAUUGUGCGCCCAGACCCUAAGGCUGAAAAUGAAGUUGCCAACCUCCGUUUGGAGCUGGUAGAACAGGAGAGGAGGUACCGGGGUGGUGACGAGCAACUGAAGAGCUGCCAGAAUGAAUUGGCUGCUCUGAGGAACAGAGGGCCACUGGUAGAAGUUAAAGAAGUCAUUAAGGAGGUCAUUAAGUACAAGAAUGAUCCAGAAACUGAAAAGGAGCUACAGCGACUCCGCGAGGAAAUCAUAGAGAGGACAGGAGCAAUUGAAAGAGCUGACCUCGAGAUCUACCAGCUGAAACAAGAGAUACAGGCUUUGAAAGAUACCAAACCCCAAGUGCAUACAAAGGAAGUUGUUCAAGAAAUUCUGCAGUUCCGCGAAGACCCCAAGACUAGAGAGGAGGUCGAGUCUCUGAGAGUGCAGCUAGCAGAGGAACAGAUGAAGCACAUUGACCUGGAGAGGGAACGGCUACUCCAAGAAGAGAAGGUAAGGCAGAAGGAGGAAGAGCUUUCCCAGGUGAAGGAGAAAGUGGUCCAGCAGGAAGUAGUGAAGUAUGAGCAAGAUCCUGCCCUGAAAGCUGAAGUCAAUUCCUUCUCGCAGAGCAUUGAGAGCGAGCUGAAGCAAAUUGAUUGCCUCCGUGAAGAGCUCCGCAAGCUGCAGAGGAGGAGGUCUGAGCUAGAGCGUCAGCUGGAAGAACUUGAGAAAGAGAGACAGGCCCGCAGAGAGGCGGAACUGGAAGUGCAGAGGCUGAAGAUUAGGUUGAAUGAGUUAGAAGAACAGGAGAGAGAAACGACAGAACGAGUAACUGUGAAACAGAAAGUGAUCCUUCAGCAAGAUCCCCAGCAAGAGAAGGAGCACUCCCUCCUCAAGCUAGAGCUAGAGGAAGAAAAGCACCGUAGACAAGUCUUGCAAACUGAACUGGAAGCCCUGAGAAAGAAGCUUCUUUCUUUGGAGAAGAUGGAGGUCAAAGAGAAAGUGGUCUUUUCAGAGAGCGUCCAAGUGGACAAAGGAGACACGGAGUACGAGAUUCAAAAGCUGAAGAGCAACCUGGAGGAGGAGAGCAGGCGUAAGAGGGAGCUAGAUGCAGAUAUCAAUAGGCUCGAAACCAGGCUGUCCGAGGUGGAAUUCAGCAACUCUAAGUCGUCAAAGGAGCUAGACUUAUUAAGAGAGGAAAACCACAAACUACACCUUGAAAAACAGAAUCUGCUGAUGGAAACAAGGAGACUGCAGUCAGAGAUUGAACUCACAGCAACAGAAGCUCGGGAUUUGAGAAACAUGACCCACAUGGACAGUGGAAUAAACCUGGACUCCAGAUUCCAAGCUCUGGAAAGAGAGUUAGAUGAGCUGAAGCAGUUAUCCAGAGAAAAAGAUGCAGAGAUCGAGCAACUCCAGAAUCGCCUCAAGACAGUGGCUAUCAAGAGGGAACAAAGAGAGAACCACCUGAGGCGCUCCAUUGUGGUCAUUGAUCCCGACACAGGCAAGGAAAUGUCUCCUGAGGAAGCUCACGUGCUUGGCCUCAUUGAAUGGAGCCUGUUUGUCAAACUGAAGAGCCAGGAAUGUGACUGGGAAGAGAUCUCAAUAAAGGGUCCCAAUGGGGAAUCAUCUGUGAUCCUCGACAGGAAGUCCGGUAGGGAGUUUUCAAUUGAGGACGCCUUGAAGAGUGGAAGGCUGACCAUGGCUCAGUACAACUGUUACCUCAACAAGCAGAUGUCGAUCCAGGAGUUGGCAGUCUUGGUGUCCGGAAGUAAUUACACAGCGCUCCCUCCACUCUAGAAACUUUUCUUAAAAGCAGCGAGUCAGAGCCGCACCUCUUGUUAGACUACCAGAUCACUGCAAAUCCUUGCCCUCCUUUGCGUCUUCCAAAAUGCUAGAGCCUCUGCCCCAGCCAUGCUAUGAAGCCACACUGCUUGCUGUCAUAUGCUGUGGAAAAGCACCGCCAGUAGUGGAAAACUCAUUUGGCAAGACUACAGCCAAACCUUCUCCCCCUCUUCAGCCCUACCUAAUCACUCAGCCUAACGAAAAACAAGACAAGAAGUGAAGUACCUGAAGUCCAAAGACUCAGCAGAACCUGCAGUUUCUUCAACAUAUAGUCACGUAGUCACAUAAAAAGCUGUAUACAGCAGACACAAGAGAGACUGAAGGUCAAGAUGACUCCGAGAUGACCAGCGGGAGCUGGUUAUGUCAGCUACACGUUGGUAAGCCAGGCAGUUUCAUUCUGGACAUCUAAGUGACGAGAUCAUCCCCGGAGAAAACCGGCUCUGUAAACAAAAGGUGCAACGUACAUCUCAAUUCCUUAUCAUCACCCGAAUACCUAAACACCACCUUUUUGUUCACCUAAGUGCCGAUGCUGGUGGGGAAGAGCAAAGCAAAGCACAGUAAUUUGAUGGCAUCAGCCCUAGAUCCAGGAGGAGCAUUCAUAUACCAAGGAGUUCACCAAGAAGUACGUGAAGAGCCGGCAGCGUUGCCGAACACAAGAUGCUAGUGUAAGUGUAAAGCAUGCAACUGUAACCAAACGCAGAGUGCCUUCGAAACACAGUUAGCUUACCUCAUGGUGAAAAGCCAUUUGUGCUGGUAUUUUACUGAAUAGAGGUACAUGCAGCUACAUGUUUCAUUUACUUGUGUAAGGGAAUGGGAAAUAGAGGGGAAUUCUAUUUAUAGUACGAAAUAAAGAUGCAGUGGUUCCAAUC